GCGACUCCAGUUUUCCAUACGCUCAGUUGUGCCCGCGGUCAAGGGAAAAUCGCAGCCGAGCAAUUUUACCGAGCAAAGCCAAAAGGAAAUCAGAAAAAAUACUUAGCGAUCUGUGAGAAAUCUCUAAGAUGACCAAAGUAGAGCUCUACAAGUCGCGCGUCUUUGUGACAAUCAUACACCUGUGUGCGCUGGGCCAAUUCGCAUAUGGGCUCUACUACAGCUCCUUCGAGAUCCAGCGCAGCUAUAAGCUGAAGACGAGCCUGAAUCGCCGCCUGGUGCCGGAGUCGCUGCCCCAGAAGAUAAAAUUCCUGUCCUACUGGUCCCUGAUAAUUCAGGCACUGUACUAUAUCGUGUCGCUCGUCAACGAUUUCGUGGGCACCAACGAGCUGACCCCCAAGAGACCCCCGGCGGUACGCAGAUUUAAGGACUGGCUGAUGGCCACCUUGGCUUUCCCGGUGGCCAUCAACGUGGGCGUUACCUUCUGGACUCUGUACGCCAUUGACAGAGAGCUGGUCUUCCCCAAAGUGCUGGACCCCGUCUUUCCCAGCUGGCUGAACCACGUCCUGCACACCAACAUCGUGGUCUUCAUCGUCCUGGAGCUGUUCAUCUCGUACCGUUCGUAUCCGAAACGCAGCCAUGGACUCGCCGGUCUGGCUACCUUCAUGGGCGCCUACCUGGUGUGGAUCCACGUGGUGAAGCACUACUCCGGCGUGUGGGUCUAUCCGGUGCUGGAGGUGCUCCAGCUGCCCCAGCGCAUUCUGUUCUUCGUGGCCGUCGUGGGAUUCACGCUCUCGCUUUAUCUGCUCGGCGAGUUCCUCAACAACACCGUGUGGGCCAAGGAGGUUAAGCUGGCCAAGCGCAAAUCCAACUAGGAGUAGGCUGUGUUCCGUUUCUGUUCCAUGUAGUCGCGUUUAAUUAGCCACAAAAUACAAACGAUGAUUGGCCGGGCCUGUUUCGAAUAUUUAUCUUACUCAUAUUGACCCAGGAGACCCCACUAAAUAUGGGCAAAUUAAUAAACGAAGCAUGAACCCGCCA